UGGGGCAAGUUCAUUCAGCACCCCGAUUGUGGUCGUCACGUCAGAACCUCCUCUGAACUGCGAGAAGCGAGACCCACUGUACGAAAGGGGUUUUUCUCGUCGUCGUAAACCGUUUCAUUCCAAAUUCCGUUCUAUUCGGUGCGAGGGAAAUUGCCAUUUAACACUACAAGCCAUCGGAGAGCGCCGUCUAUCGGUGGGAAGCCGGGAACAACAGCCUGAUGGAGGUGAUGUUUUGGUUGAGAAUCAUCACAGCCAUAUGGUGCGUAGCCUGCGUGUUGGGCGGCAGGAUUCCCGCAUACGAUUAUUCCGACCUCGAUGACGAUUUCUAUUCCGAACUGAGGAACCUGCUCGAUGGCAACGUGGAGAGGAAGAUCAAACAGCAGAGCGACUGGAAUAGAGCCCAUAAGGUGUCCCAUCCCCGAGAAGUGAGAGGAUGGGGCAGCAUGCUGAAGCUGGGCCAAGUCUCUGGGGUAUCAGUUGACCCUGAGGGGCAUCCAGUCGUCUUCCAUAGAGCCUCGAGGAAAUGGGACCAUACGACUUUCAACGCGACUCAUCAUUUCCAAGGCCAGGGUCCGAUUGAUGAGGAUGUGGUGAUGGUUCUUGACCCUCAGACUGGUGAUGUUGUAAAAUCGUGGGGGAAAGACUUAUUUUACCUUCCCCAUGGCAUCACUGUUGAUCAGAAAGGCAAUACAUGGCUAACAGACGUUGCUCUACAUCAAGUCUUCAAGUUUGCACCUGGAAGUGAAAAACCAGAGUUGACCCUCGGUGAAGCCAAAAUUCCUGGCAGUGAUGAUGUUCACAUGUGCAAGCCAACUAGUGUUGCUGUGUCAUCCACGGGUGACUUCUAUGUUGCUGAUGGUUAUUGCAAUGCCCGCGUCUUACGCUUUGAUGUAGAUGGAAAACUUGUUGGAAAGUUUGGUCACCCAGGUAUGGACGGUUCGUCAGAUGCCAUGUUUGUUCCUCAUGGAGUGGCACUAGAGGAAUCUCGUGAUGUUUUGUGUAUUGCUGACAGAGAAAAUAAAAGGGUGGUGUGUGUUAAGGCUGGACUGCAAAAUAAGAAGGACUUUGGGCAUGCUGUGUUGCGGCUGAAGGAUCCCAACCAUGGCCGAGUAUUUGAUGUAGCUGUAUUGAAUGAAUUCCUAGUUGGUGUAGGGGGAAGUUCAAGUGAUGGAGCAGCAACAGGAUUUACUGCAGAUUUAGAUGCUGGUAUACUACUAGAUGCUUGGGGACCAAUUCAUGGAUUCCAGAAUCCACAUGCUAUCGCUGUUACUCCAGAUGCUACUACAAUUUAUGUUGCAGAAAUUGGACCAAACAGGGUAUGGAAGUUCUUGUUGGAGAAUCCAGCAGAAUACUAAAAGUUUAAACUAUUACAUUAAAAAUACUUAACCAAUUCAGUGGGCAUUUCACAAAAUUUACACUGGCAGUUCUCAGUACAAUCUUAUAAAGGUGUUGAAUAAAAUAGGUUUAAUUUUCAAUUCAAAGAUACUCUUUUCAUAAACAACAGCAUUGCAAUUCAUUAUACAUACAUACAUGAUUCAAAGUAAAUUUUCAGAUUUAGAUUCUAACAAACUGCAUUAUUUUUUGGAAACUGAAAUUUUUGUUUUCUCUUACAAACAAGAUGAAAGGUUAGGCUGUUUUUUGUCAGUAGCUGAGAGAAACUCUUAAGUGAUUAAAGUUUAGCCCAUUUACAAAAGUCUAAUGUUCAGAAUUAUGCAGUUGACUUCUCUUCAGGAAUCAGAUUAAUAUGAGUACAUGCUGAAUCACCCAAAUUUUUAAUGUCAAAGAGCUGACCCUAGUUUUAUGGUUUGAUAUGAUAAAUCAAAAUUGGAAUACGUACAUAGAAGUUUAUGUAGGUGAGAUCAGCCAGAAAGCAGGAACAGGCCAAAGGGAAUGGUUUGAUUUAGUUUGGGUUGUCAGGUGUCAGUGCUAUGUAAAAUAUUCUUUGACACCAAGUACAGAGAUUGGAUAAUAAGAAAGACAGAAAAGAAUGCUACAGGUGCCAAAGGGGAGCUGCAGAGAACCUCUAGUAUCAUCUGUAAUGUGCCAUGCAAACUUUCAGUUAGAGAGAACAGUGAAGGGAGUCCAUCCUAAUUUUGAGGUGUGAAUUAUGAAUUAAGAGUGCUACCUGUAACAUUGUGUUGCGUAUAGGUUUCCAAUUCCUGUAGGAAAAAUGAGACCAGUUACGGGUAAGUACCCCUUGUAAGGUUUGGGUUCCUUUGGAUUGCUGUAGUUUUCCUUUGCAUACACAGUACAGUAUUCAUAUACAGCACAGUAGUGUAAAGAGACAAAACUAAAAUUUCAAGUAGUAUAGCAUUUCUUUGUAAUUGCUGUAGGACUUUGACUGAUAUAUUGUUUUAUGUGCAAUAACAUAGCCACUUGAAAAUGUUCUAUUCAUAAUGGUAAAAUUCCUGUAAUUUUUUUUCUUUGGGGAUAAUUUCGAAGUUUGCAUCUAAUCCAGCAAAAACAAAGAUGGAAGAGUAAGAUUACUUUGACAAGUGUUAGUGUAUGGUUUGAAGAUAUGUAUUUGUGAAAACCCCCAAAAUCAUGUUAUACAUACAGUAACCCCAGAACCUCCAGUAGUAUUUUAAACUGAACAGGUAAUGUAAAGUUAGGAUUUCUGCAGUGUUCCAUAACAAUGUCUGUAUGUUUAUUUAAAUUAUUGGGAUAAUUCUUUUUUUUAAACAAAGCACCCCUUGUCUACCAUGAAAUAAAACCAAUCGGCAUUCAGUAUUUGUUGAAAACACUGCAGAAUUUGAAAAUGUUACUUAUAAACCUACUGAUGGUACAGGGAGCCAUCAAUAAUUAUGGCUCUACAGAAUUUGAGAAUUUUAUUUAUAAACCUACUGAUACUACAGGGAGCCAUUAAUAAUUAUGGCUCUACGAUAUAGACUUUUCCUAUUUCAUGCAACCUGAACAUUUCUUUACUUACCUGACAUAUCAUAUAUAAAUAAAACUUGAAAUGCUUUAACUUUCCUAGUGUAGAAUCUCACAUCCAUAUCAAAACUACCUUUAACUACAGUUUUUUGCAGAUUUAACAGUAAAAUACAUUAUUUAAUGACAAUCCCAGUCCCUAAAUAGAAAAGAAAUAUUUAAUGUGCAAAAGUUUAUGGUAUGUUAAACACUGCAGUUAUAUAUAGCCAAUCAAAUUUCUUUAGAUGAAAUGUGUAUGUAGCUGGAGAAUAACUUGGCUGUUUAUAGGAUGUCAAAUAAUUGGACUAGGUUUCAUACUGUAUUUGACAGCGCAAAUGCUAGUGAGAAAGAUCAAUACUUUUUCAGUCUUCACAGGUGACAGCUUUUGCUAGUGGUGCCAACAGGGUUAAUGUAUAAAUGGUAUUUUAAUUCUGUACUAAAAAAUAAAAACCAGUUUAAGGUUACUACAUAGCAGAGAAAAAAUGUGGGCACACACAGUUAUAACUGUAAAUAUAAAAGUGUCUCGACUGUCAACCAUUUUUUUCAUGUUUUAUCAUAUUUAUACUAUGACAACUUUAGAGAAUGAGAAUCUGAAAUUUUUUUUUUUUAUUAUAAAUUCAAAGAAUCAUAAAAUUAAGAAUAUUCUGCUCUUGUUUAAACUUUGUAAAAUUUAGCACUGAAUCAUAUUCAAGUUUUAUUCAUGAUGAGUGGAUGUCAUACUAACAUGUUAUUAAUUGUUUUCUCUCUUGCCAAAAACUAAGAUAUGUAUAGGCAAUCUUUAGUAAAUUGUUGAAAUUUUGAAAAGCUUGAAUAUAUACAUAUACAUAAAUAAAUGUGAUGUAAGAUUAUAUAUGCAUAAUAUAAGUGAUACACAAUACAUGUAUAUAAUCUAUUUCUCUAUAUUAUAAUCUGUGUACAGUCUCAUGCAGUUAAUCUCCAAUAUUUGCAGGUUCUAAGUGCACCAUGUAUUUUACACAAUCAGUAUAGUAUCAAGCUAUUGUUGCAAAGGUGUUGGUAUAACAUGACAAAGACUGAAUUGUCUAUUGCAAGCCACACUUUAAGGUAGUGCAGGCCUAAUUGAUAACCAGAACAAUGCAUAUAUAUUUCAUCUGACAGUUGAUUGUACAUCAUAGUUGGGCAGUUUGGAUGUAAAGUUACAGACUAAGUUAGCAUUUGCAAGUUACAUAGGUUUUCCAGGGCAUGGUAUUCCUCAUCCUAGGAAUAUUGGGGGAGAACUGCAUGUAUGAGUAAGUACAUAAAUUAUUUAAAGAAUAAUGUAUUUAUUGAAAAUCUAAGUAAAAUAAAUUAUAAUUAUUAA